CCGCAACCGCCAUCACAUCCAGAUACCCCUUCCGAAAUACCGUGGGUCUUCCCACCCGUCCAGAUGGUUUAGGGCAUGCCCCGCAGCCCAGGCGACCCUUUGCUAACCCAUGCCCCUCGCUGCGCCGUUCAGUGGUACACCCACGAGCACGACCACCUCUCUCUCCGCCCUAUCCACAACUGCUAUCAAAGAUGGCCACCGCGGCGCUCUCCAUCACCGCGGGCACCAACACAGUCCAUCCACCAAUAGCCUCGAAGCCGAGCGCGCCGACCGGAUCAGCCGCCUGACCGGCCUGUCGAGCGUCUCGACCCUCCGCGGCACGCCCCCGGGUUUCGGCCACCAGCAGCAACAACAACAACAGCAGCAGCAGCAGCAACACAGCGCCCAUUCUCCCCACGCGAUCACGACCUCUUCCGGGUCCCCCGCGAACGCCGUCGCCGCCGCCGCCGCCGCGCUCUCCCCGGCCUACUUCGACGCGGCCGGACAACCCGUGGCCGUGACCAAGGUCAGCACGGUCGGAUCGGCGAGCGCGACGGACAGCGUCGGUGGGCGCACGACGGCCACAACCGCCGACACGGGCGCCGACACCUCCACGCUGGGCGAGGAGGACCACGACGAGGACAUGCUGACAGAGAUGGACUCGGCGAGCGCGAGCGGCUACAUGGGCCCCGACACCGACGCUGACGCCAUGGACGAGGACCUGGACAACCUCACGUCGCGCAGCGUCGGCGGCUUCGAGGACCGCAUGUCGGACGACGGCACCGCCAGCCUGGUCGGCUUCGGCGAGGGUGCCGGCAGCACCGUCUCCGGCCCCAUCUACCACCGCCGCCCGCUCCCCUCCCAAGGCGGCGGCGGCGGCGGUGGAGGCGGCGCGUGCGGCCUUGAGCGGAGCAGCUCCGGGCUGAGCGAGGGCGCCAUCGCGUCGCCCAACCCUCACCAUGGCGGCGGCGGUGGGGGGCGCAGGGAGGCUGCGCGACGGUCGUGGGAGCCGGACCGGGAGCGCGAGGACACACCCGUCAGCCAGUCGGCGGUGCGCGAGAGGCGGGAGGCGCGCAUGAUGGACGGCGUGGCGCUCGACGCAGCAGCAGCAGCAGCAGCAGCAGCGGACGACGACGACGACAACGACAACGACGACAACGACAAUGACAACGACUACGACGACAGCGACGACGUCUUUGUCGACACAACCACCAGCGGGCCCGUGCCGGAUGACCGCCCCGUGCCCCCCGCACACGCCACUACCGCCGCCAACACCAACAACAACAACAACAAACCCCUCCGCGAGAGGCAGCAUCGCCCGCAUCAUCGCCAUCAUCGUCAACAUCAACAUCAUCCACCUCACGCCACCGCGCAAACGCAGCAACCGUCUCUGACGUCAACACCUCCGCGCGAGCCUGCGGAGUGUCUGGUUCGCGAGAGACAGGACGAGGGAGGGCAGGGCCGAGCCCGGAGUCCUGCGUUGGGGAGCACCAAGGGAGGGGAACGACUGGGCAAGUUCUUUUUCGAGGAUCGUUAGACCAGGAAGGCCGGGAGU